UGAGGCUUUCAUCACCCGGGGGGCAAUAACUCCGAAGCUUUCACGAGCAGGAGGUCAAUAAUUCCAAAACUUUUACAAGCAAGAGGUCAAUAAACUUCAACUCCCCUCUUUCAACACCCACAACCGACUCUUUUGUAUACCGCACAAUGUCCAGAACAACGCUACCCAAGGCUUCCCCUGAGAGCGAGGUAUCAACAUGGAUUAGUUUUGAAUCAGGCAGUUGCGCCGAACGCGGCAAUGCCUAUGCAUUACAAGAACUCGCCAGCCUCCAUAUCCGACCGUCUCGACGACCGCAAGCUGAAGACGGACCCCUGCGACCGGCAUCUGAUGGCUCCCAAUGCUCCCAAAACACUGAGACCCGGCGUGGUAGUAAAGCGUUGGAAACUUCAACUCUCAAGCAUCCAAGCAAGCUGAGGAGGCGUUGUAUCUGGUUCGACACGUACAAUGUCCUCAUGGUCAUCGUCCUCGUCGUCAACGCGGCCGCGUUGCUGGCAUUUGCCAUCCGGAACAGAGACGGACCAAGCCGAGCAUUGGCUCUACGAGGGACGCUGACGGCCGUGUCAGUCAACAUCUUCUUCGCACUGUUAAUCCGGCAAGAAAUCGUCUUAAACCUCUUCUACGACAUCCUCUCUCGGGUCCCGCCCACUGCGCCAUUCCUCCUCCGCAAGCACUUGGCCAACUUCCACCACUUUGGAGGCAUGCACGCUGCUUGUGCGGUAUCAGCUCUGGUAUGGUACAUUGUGUACCUGUGUCUCCAAACGCAGAGCCUGCUGGCUUCAAUCACGACACGGAGGACUCCCUUGCGAAUCGUCGAUAUCAGCGCAUCUUACAUUGUCCUCGUCCUCCUCAUCGCCACGAUCCUCACCUCUCUCCCUCAAGUACGCCGAACCCACCACGACGUCUUCGAACGCGUCCACCGCUUCGCCGGCUGGGCAACCGUUCUCGCCCUCUGGCUCCACACCAUCGUCGUAGCAGCGGACCCGGACUCGGACUCCCCACCCAGCGCCUCCGCCUCUGCAACCGCGAGAAACCCAUCCCUCUACCUCCUCGCCCUCAUCACCAUCCUGCUCAUCCUCCCCUGGCUCCGCAUCCGCAAAGUCCCCGUGACACCGCAUACCAUGUCCGGCCGGGAAAUCCGACUCAGCUUCCCCUACAACGACAUGCCAUCCACAUCCACCAUGCGCUUCAGCCUCUCCCCACUGACGGAAUGGCACGCCUUUACCACCAUUCCUGGCGAUCCCACUUCCACUUCCACCACCAACAGCAACAACGACGCCAGCAAAGAAUCCAGCAUCCUCGUCGCCGCCCAAGGCGACUGGACUCGCUCGCUCCUCGCAUCCCCACCCACGCAUGUCUGGCUGCGCGACCCACCGACCAGGAAUUUCCUGUCCGCCGUGUACAUGUUCGACAGCGUGCUUUUGGUCGCUACGGGCGCGGGAAUCGGGCCCGUGGUUUCCCUCCUCGCGACUCUGCCUUCUUCUCCACCUGCAUCUGCAUCUGCUGCGCACCAGAAUGCAGCUGGAAUUGCAAAUGCACCAGCACCUCGGGCGGAAAAUAGACACUGUAUCACAUUCGGUAGUAGCGCACGACGGCAUACACCCCGGCUCGUCAAAGUCCUCUGGAUCGCAUCCCAUCCGCACGCUACAUAUUACUCCUUCAUCAUCCAUGCGAUUCGGCGCGUGGAUCCCGAUGCGCUUAUUCUAGAUAGCAGGGAGGGACGUCCGGAGAUAGAGGAUGUGGUGGGCAGGGUGGUGAGGCGAGAGGGGAUCGAGGGCCGUGUUUGAUUCGUAGGGGUGAAGAGGGGGGAUGGAGUAGAGGAGAUUGUGUUGGGCGUUAGAGGAGAUUAUGGAUUUCUGGUGGGCUGGGAAAUAGGGCGGUGUAGAAGGGCGCAGAUG